ACGCCAAUGCCGAAUGCUAGCAACCUUGGUGAUGACAUGCAAGUUGACAUGCCUCAGACGAAAAGAGCUCGAAUAACGUCGCAAAGCAACGGUGUUGUCGAAAGUACUGAAACUGAUUGGCUUAACGUAGUUCUUAAUAAACAAGAGGUGGAUCCUAGUUGUGAAGCCUGGGAUUUCUACUUCCAAGACUCUCAGGUGCCAAAACAUAAGGUUCCUAAUUCUGACAUCACCUUCGCUACGCCUUUCGUUUUCAAGCCUGUAAAUCCGGCCCAGGGAUUUCCAACUGGUGAUUCACCAAACUCUUCUCGAAGACAAGAAUCUUUAUUCUCUUCAAACUAUCCGUCUUUCUCUGCAAAUACUUUAUCCGAAGACCAAGUCGGUAAGAUAGUUGAGAUUCUUGGAACUGUAUUGGAAGAAGUAAAAGGUAAUAUAUGGAGGACUGUCCUAAGUCAAAAUAAAGAUCAUUUAAUACCACCAAGCUUUAUCCGCGAGUUUAAUAAGCUUGUGAACGAGUCUUCUUACACACAACCUACAAACAUUAAACCCCCUCUCAUAAAAACCGUAGAACACUUACGUUCCAUCUUUUCCCCUUCAAACACUUCUAUCACAUUAUCUUCCGAUGCAGAAUUAUAUAGCCACAUAUUUAAUUUUUAUUGCCAAAUGGCUGCUUUUUUAACUGUGAUCCAUUUGUUUUUUGAUGUCAUCGUUAUGGAUUUUUUGUGUGAGCGUGAAGAAGGACAGUUUACAAGACACUUAUCAAUAGAAAAGUUCAUGAAAAUUUUUGAUGAUGCAGACAAUUUUUUAUUAUAUCACUCCUCACCUGUUGAAAUAGAACCAAAUAAUAGUGAUCUAGAAGCUUUCUUUUGGUAUUACCGCGGGGUUAUACUACCUCAAACUCAAUAUCAUUAUGAACUUACAGACCGCUUUAGAAAAUUAUCAAUUUAUUUCUCUUCAUUAGACAUUACUGAAUCUAUAUUGUCAAUGUUUUAUACAAAACAUUUCUUAAACGUGUUUGCAAAAGAACAUCAAAAGGACCACGGCCAAUUUUACACUCCGAGGGAGGUUAUGAGGUUCAUGUGGGAUCGUGUUUUACUAGGUAGAGGAACUGGUACAUGGAUUGAAAAGCUUCUUAGAGGUUCUUUUCAAUCAAAUGUCAUGAGCUAUCCAAUUAGUCAAUCUUCGAUAAUGUCAUCUUCUUGGAGCACUUAUCCUCAAGCUCCAAGGGUACUGGAUCCUUGUAUGGGAAUAGGUACUUUUCUUUGCGAGUUCAUACAUCGAGUAACUCUUGCUGCACAACAAUGUCCUUCAGUGUGGCAUGAUCCAAAAGCAAUAUCCCAUCUUCUUCAGUCUUUAACCGAAAAUAUAUGGGGUAUAGAAAUCGAUGCGUUCGCGUUUCACCUUUGCAAACUUAACAUAACGAUACACAUGCUACCACUUUACAAACGCUUCGUUCAAAUUUCCUACUCGAAUGAGAUUAAAUUACCACGUUUACAUCUGUUUUGUAAUGAUACUUUAAACUUGUAUCUUCCAAAGCGAGAACUUACGUGGGAAUAUAAUAAUUUAUGGCUACUGCGUUCUCCUCAACGUCUUAAAUUUGAUUAUAUAGUAACUAAUCCUCCUUAUAUGAUCCGAAAGACUGGGUUCAUAUCAGAGCCUGACAGUGAACUUUUCGAUGAACGAGUGUUGGGUAAAGGUGGCAUGCAAGCUUAUGCUUACUUUUUUUGGUUUUGCGUCGAAAGAUGUCGGGAAGAGGCUGGGGAAAUAUGCCUUAUUAGUGGUGA